GAGCAAUUUUGAUAUUUGUUGCCAAAAACAAAAGGGGAAGCAGUAAUCAUCAUUUGCAACCACAAACGCUCACCACAGCGAGGCACAGCGAAAAGAGAAAGAAGAUAUAAUGGCUGAGAGCAAUUUCGCUGCAACCCAAAGUAGUAGUAUAAUAAUCACAACAACAAAAACAUUAACAACACAAUUAUUAAACAGAGUAAAGCUUCACCUGAUCCAUCUUCUUCCAUCCGAGGGCGUCAUUUCAUAUGGGUUUCUGAUUCUUCCGUUUGUCAUCUUCUUCUCCGUUUUUCUUAGCCAACAAGCUAAGAGAAGCAUUUUAAGAGGAGCCCAUCUCUUGAGCAAAUACCAGAAAUUGUUGUCUGUCUACUGAUAGGUCAUUGCAGGUGUUUUUAGUUUCUGUGGCUGUUGUUGAUCGCUCUCUUUUUUGCUUUGCCGAGAAGGAAGAUGUUGAUUUUUGGUUGGAAGGGAGCAUCUGGGUUUUCCUCUUGUUCCACGGCUGAGGCAGUUACUAAUGGAGUUGAUGCAACUGGCCUCACAGCUGUCGUCACAGGUUCAUCAAGUGGGAUUGGUGUGGAGACAGCAAGAGUCCUUGCUCUGCGAGGUGCUCAUGUGGUUAUGGCUGUAAGGAAUGUUGAUGCUGGCAGGAGUGUUAAGGAAGCAAUCCUGAAGGAAAUCCCAACUGCUAAGGUUGAUGUUAUGCAGUUGGAUCUCAGUUCAAUGGCAUCAGUCAAGAAAUUUGCGUCAGAAUAUGUUUCUUCAGGCCUUCCACUGAACCUUCUGAUGUAAAGAGACUCGUGAUCAAUUUGGUUUUACUGUGACUCUUUUAUGGAAGUGUCUCUGAAGGAAAUGGUAUUGGCCGAGAUUGAUGAUUCUUUGAUUUGAUGACAGUAACAAUGCAGGCAUUAUGAUGUGUCCUUACAUGCUCUCCACGGACAAAAUAGAGUUGCAGUUUGCUACCAACCACGUUGGACAUUUUCUUUUGACACAUCUUUUGUUGGACACAAUGAAAUCCACUGCUCGUGAGAGUAAUCAAGAAGGAAGGAUUAUUAUUGUAUCAUCUGAAGGUCACCGUUUGUCUUACAAGGAAGGAAUUCGUUUCGACAAGAUUAACAACGAAGCCGAAUACAACAACGUUCGUGCUUAUGGACAGGCAAAACUUGCGAACAUUCUUCACGCUAAUGAGCUUGCUAGGCUCCUUAAGGAAGAGGGAAUUAACAUAACUGCCAACUCACUUCACCCUGGAGUCAUUGCUACAAACCUUUAUCGUCAUACUGGUGUGAUUGCAAGUUGGUACUCCAUGGAUCUUGUCUUGGCUUUCUUUAACUUAAUAAAACAUUAUGGUCAUGGAUUCAUCAUUCGAGUUCGAACCCUCCUAACAAGUUCCAUUUUUCUCUUCGCACAGCCAUUACAAAUGCCAUCAGUAGAUUUGUGCUGAAAAAUGUUCAGCAGGUAAGCAUUUCUUCUGUCUGAUUAGUGAUCAGCAAGGGUAACUCAAACUAUUUUGCUGAACAUGGUUUUGCAGGGAGCUGCUACUACAUGCUAUGUGGCACUGCAUCCAAAAGUGAAGGGGGUGACUGGAGAAUACUUCAGUGACAGCAACGUAUACAAACCAAACUCUCAGGCUAAAGAUGAAGAAUUGGCAAAGAAGCUUUGGGAUUUCAGCUUGGAUUUGAUCAACCCUUUUUGCUAAAUGCUGCUUUCUAGUCAUAUUUGGUGGAAUCUUACUUCCCAUGUCUUUAGUCUUUACAAAACUUCAUAAAUACAUGCUCACAUAUGGAAUGGAACAGUAGGUGUUUUUACUGUUCUAUUUGAGCAUUGCAAUUUUAUGAGUGCAACUUUUCUAGUCAUGUUUGGUUGAAUUCCACAACUACUUUCCAUGGCUUUCUUGCACAAUUUA